GACGAGGAUGACGGUGGCGAUAGUGAGGGCGGUGAAUCGAGCUCGGACGAUUCGGAUUCUGAGAAGGCCACGCAUGAAGAGGUCAGUGAGAGCGUUGUUGUUAUUUCCUGGCUGGCGGAUGGCUGGGGCAUGCAUGAUUUUGAGGUACAAGCACUGAGAAAAGGAUGUCAGCUGAAACUAGAGGAUGUAUUGAAUGGUCUACCCAAUUGGCUGGAUCGUCUCUUCGAGGGAUCAAUCCGCAGAUACUAUAUCCCCGAAUGGCCGGAUAAUCUCAAGUGA